GAAAAUAGAAGUGAUUUUGAAAAGUCAUGAGUGUUGUUUAAAUCCUGAAGAUGUAGCAUUCGUAAAAUGCAGAAGGACUGCUUAAAGACUUUACAGGAAACCAGACCUGUUACAUGAAACAUUUCGGGUGUGUCCGAGAUUUGAAACGAAAGUAAAACUAUUACUCGCUAUACAAUUUACGCGGAAUCAUCGGGGCUAAAAACCAGUACGUGUAUGAAAGAUCAUAACUCGACUGUAUAAUGAAGCCUUACAGGAGUCAUUACGAAAACCAAGAACGAAGGAAUAUAGAACAGGAAAGACCAGCUGAAAAGCCUUACAAUGGCUUGAAAAAUCAAGGUGCAACCUGCUACCUGAACUCUAUACUGCAGUGUCUCUACAUGACCGAAGACUUCCAAGAAGAAGUAGAAAGAUUUGUACCAGAUCAAAGAAACCCUGAUAAGGAAAGUUUUAUGCAAGAACUGCAGAAGCUCUUUAAAGGGAUGAAAAAAGGUGAUUGUAAGACUGAAGGGAUAACUCGAAGGUUGGGCAUCACCAAGGUCCAUGAACAGGAGGACGUAGUAGAAUACUAUCAGAAAACUCUAAAAGCAAUUGGACCACUAAGUUCCAAGGUAUUUGAAGGGAAAAUGAGCAACAAAACAAAAUGUAUAAACGAUCAUAUAUUUGAAGAGGAGUGCCACUUUUUCACCAUCCCUUUAUCCAUAGAAGCUGGACACAAUGAGGUCUUCAAAGUGCAAAAUGGAUUACAGACUUUUCUUGAACGGAUAAAGUUAGAUGAAGACAACUGGCUGUAUUGUAAACAAUGUGGGGAAAAAAAUGAAACAGAGACUUGGAAUGAAAUCAAGGAGUUUCCUACUAUCCUGACCCUGUACCCAAAGAGGUUUUACUUUGACUACUACAAGAUGAGGCCUGUGAAGAAUCACUGUCCCAUGGACAUUCCCCUGCAACUUGAGCCAUGUGUAUGGUUUAUCCUUCUUCAACCUACAAAAGAUCUAAAUGCAUUGACAAUCAUCUGUCCUUGGGUUGAUACGAAUUUGAAAUAUGAGCUUUAUGCAGUUAUCAACCACAUAGGAAAUGAAAGUGGAGGGCACUACAAUGCUGUCAUCAAAUCCUUUAAGGAUGGCAAAUGGUACUGUUUUGAUGACACUUCUGUCAGAAAGGAUUCAGAGAGCUCUUUCAGACUUUCACAGCAGGCUUAUUUGCUCAUGUACAGAAAUGUAGAGGUAGAUAGGCUGAGCCCAGAUGAGAAAUCUUCCAAUACUAAGAAGAACUUGAAGCAGCACUGUCAUGACAGCAUGAGCAAUUGCCAGGACUCUGAGCCAGGACUCUGUGGUGCAGAUGAGUGCAAGCAGACUGAUUACAAUAACCGGCCUCAAUCACCGGAACAAGAGCAUGAUGAGUCUGUGUGUAAGAGUUACAUCACUCGAAUUAGGAGCUUUUGUAUGAGCCUUAAGAAUUAUGGGUCAUAUAUCAUCAGCUGCCUCAAACAGACAGCCAUUGUCCAGGAGACCAGUAAACUAAAGGAAAUUCAGACUAUGUUGGAGAAUAUAAAAAAAGAAUUUGAUGCACUGAUUGAAGCAACACUGACUUCUGCUCAGCAGUCCACCUGGGAAUAUGAUAUUGACCUCACCGUGAAGGAGCUGGAACAUGUUUUCUCUCUCUUCUCUGUCUAUUGCAAGGCAAACAGUAUUUAUGUAAAUAAACAUAGCACACAAGAUGUUCACAAGAAAUAUGAGAACCAGCAGUCUGAUGUUCACAAAAUUCCUGCAAAUGAGAAAGAGAUGGUGUCCAACCAAGAACUGCUAAUGAAAGUGUGCUCUGAAGUGAAGCCUAAUGCUUCAGUGAAGGAUGAGCUCUGUGAUCCCAUGCUGAAACUCCAUGAGGAGAUCAUAAACAAUGAGGACAAAAUGAAGGAUUUUGUGAACUACAAUAUUGAGUGUGUUAAUACAAUAAAGGGUCAUGAACAUCACCUGGAAGCAUGUAAAGCAUCACUGAAGCCUUUGAACUCCAUGGUGGAAUCUGUUUCAGAAAGCAUUAGGCACAAGAUUGACAUUCUCCAAACAAGCUACAAUGAGAAGUUUAACAGACAUAAGAAGUUCAAGACCGAGUAGACUCAGAAUGGCGGACACCACCCCCUAACAGUUUUUCAUGUGAUUAAAUAGACCAAUUGCUUUUUAUGUUUAUUUUGUGUAAUUCUCAUAAAUGGGUACAACACUUUUUUUGUAAUAAUAUAAAUGGAACCGGAUUCAUAGCUAUUUAGAUGUUACACAAAACAAGUAAACAAUUUAUUAAAUGACUACAUAUCUUAUGCAUUUUUUCACUUAAGCAUGCACACAUCUGACAAGCUUCAAAAGGGAUUUUUCACCUUUGAUGAAACAUGAUAGGACACGUGUUUAUGUCAGAAAUCUCCGAAAAAUGCUUUUUUACAUUAUGAUAAAUAAAAUAAAAUAUGAUAGUUCACAUUAAAGACCAAUAUGUUAUUAAACAUCGAAAAACUGA